CCGAAGAUAAUGAUUUAAAGAAACACGAGAGUUUGUUGCGGGAUGGUUAGUCCGGGCAUUGCCGAAAAGAGGAAGUGCUGCGCUCUAGUUUACCGAUUAUGUGUUCUCGAACACGGGCCUCGGAUCGAUGAACGGUACGAGAAAACGGCACGAGAAUAGAAGGGUGGUUGAUCCUCUGGAAGCUACUUGACGGCGACGUAACCGUGCGGGUGGCGUUGACUGUCGCGAGAUUCGCGCAGGGAUCGGGACAACUUGCGCGGCAACUCGGACAGUUCGGAGGGCAGUCAAAGACUGUUCAAGCAGCCGAAACCAGCUCGAGUAAUUUCGCCGGGGAUUUUGACAGCGAUCGACAACAGAUCGAACCUAAUAUUCGAUUUAGCCGAUCGAUACAAGAAGAUUUUACGGCGGCACAGGAUGAGCAACGCCGUGACGAGGAUCAUCCGAGCUGCCGGGAAAGUUUAGAGAAGGGUUGCCGACGUAAAGUCCCGUCAGGAUGCGAACGGGAUUCGUGUUUCGUGGGAUUUCGUUGAUGUCCGUCUGUUGGUUCGGAUACGGGUGCGGACAUGUGCUCGAGGGCGAGAGGUCCGAGGAGAAGGGUAAAGAGGAGUUCUGCCGACCGUUUCGCGGGAUCGUCUUGGAGGAGAAGAAGAUGCAACAGCUCAAGGACGAAACCUUGUUGUACGACCAGUUACGGUUUCCGGUGGGUUCUUAUCGGGUGUUCGAAAACGAAACAAUCGGGUGCGUGUGCAAUUUGACGGCCUGCGUGCAGAAAUGUUGCGGUCACAACAUGAUGCUCGGUGCAGGCGUUCGGCCGGACUGUACUCGGCUACCGGUCAGUUCGGAAUCGUCCGUUUCCGAUCUGGUCCUCCAACGGCAUCACCUUGCUUCGGAGAUCGUUCGGGACAAAGGGAACCGCGACGUAUCCGCCCGGGAGCUGUUCAAAGUCGUCCGGACCAUGGACUGUCCUGAGAACACUUACAGAUACAUGCUCGAGCCCGAAGAAAUCGAGGAAGACGCGUUCGUCCUCGAAAAGAACGGCACGCUGCGAACUAAUUCGAACACUUUUCCGGCCUGGAGCUACUGUCUCGAUUGGAAGGAGUCCUUCCAAAGGAUCGGCGUGCUUGUCUGCAUAUCGAAGGACGCCGCGGUCGUGGUAGACGAAGGAAUCGAACAAGAGCGAUCGUACAGCAUCGCCAUGAUAAUCUCCAUACCGUUCUUCCUCGCGACCUUUCUCGUUUAUGCGAUCAUUCCGGAACUGAGAAGUCUGUACGGCAAAACCCUGAUGUGCUACGUCGCCUGUCUUAUCCUUGCCUACACCUUCCUCGCGCAGCCCAAGGUGUUCGCGAACAUUGCAACCGGCCUCUGCUCCACCAUCGAUAUCGGCAUCCUGGCGCGACGGUUUCUAAGUUGCAGUUUGCAGGGGUGCGAUGCACCCGCGCCCGAGGGCAACCGGACUUGCACCUUGCAUUCAGAAUGUAAUUCUGGCAUAGCGAACUUGAGUGCGUCUUUGCCCAAGUCGGUUCGUGAGUACGUACCUACCAAGAUGUUGACUCGUGUCCAUCUUGGUUCGAAAAUGGUCUCGACGACGCGCUUGGUAUCGUUGAUAUCUGUGAUAUUGAUUCACGCGAUAAGCCUGGAGUGUUCCUCGACGCCCGAGGCCGUGGGAAUCGCGAGGAGGGACCAAGGAUUCGUUAAUCGUACAUCUCGGGUUACGGUCGUCCUCUGUUGCCCGCUCGAGGAGCGAGUGGUGAAAAGACAAUGCGAGCACGUCGGGAUAAACGACACUAUACGUUUUCCACCCCUUUAUCGUGCCGACGGCGAGUUCGAGUUGCUCGAGAAAUCGCCGAAAGUGGAACGGUUUCGCUUCAUCGUUGCCUCCCCUUGCAACAAGGGCCGGUUCAAAUUGAACCCCGACAAGUAUCCCAGCGACGAAUACAAGCUUCUCGAUAACGGCAAGCUCUACAGACCGCCCAACAAGGCGUUCCUGAACGGGGCCGAGUAUUGUCUCGGCCGUGUCGCCUACGACAAGUUGGACGUGUUGAUCUGCUUCCUCGAAGAGGACGAUGCGAUCAACGUCAAUGUCAACAUGGCGUAUCCCAUCGGAAUGAUCUUGUCGACGCCGUUUCUCUUUGUAACCUUCCUCGUUUACACCGUGGUACCGGAGCUGAACAAUAUGCAUGGGCUCACGCUUCGCGGAUACAUCGGCAGCCUGCUGGUCGCCUACAUUCUGCUCGCGAUCUUGCAGACCACGCCGCAAAAAGAUAUUUCGGAUUUCCUCUGCUUUGCUUUCGCUUAUAUUAUCUACUUCUCGUUUCUGGCCAGCUUCUUCUGGUUGAACGUGAUGUGCUUCGAUAUUUGGUGGACGUUCGGAGGGUUCCGAUCGCUUCAAGGGAGCGUCAAACAGAGGGAACGAAAGAAAUUUCUGAUAUACUCGAUCUACGCUUGGGGGUUCGCGACCAUCCUCACCAGCAUUUGCGUGCUCAUGGACAAUCUUCACAGCAUUCCCGACCAUUUCAUUCGUCCUGGAUUCGGAAUACGAAACUGUUGGUUCCUGACGCAUAUGGCAAGAGCGAUAUACUUUUACUGUCCCAUGGGCAUCACGGUGUUAUGUAACAUAUGCCUGUUCAUCUCCACGUCAAUCAAGAUUGUACAACACAGGAGAGACACGGCCAAUCAUUUAAGAGGCGUCGAUAGCAGACGCCACGACGACAAGAAACAAUGGUUCAAUCUGUAUCUGAAACUGUUUAUCGUGAUGGGCAUCAACUGGUCGAUGGAAAUAAUAUCGUGGAUGUGCAACGACAAGCCAAGGUACAUCUGGUACCUGUCCGAUCUGACGAACACCUUGCAAGGUGUAAUAAUCUUCCUGAUCUUCGUUUGGAAAGAGAAAAUCAGGCGGCUGCUCCUGAAGAGACUCCGCUGCCACGACCGUAACAUUCUUUCGAGGAAUUCAACACGCAGUGCGUAUCAUAGUUCGGCAUCUCGAACCUGCACCACCAAUUCAGUGGGUUCGACACAAGUUAUGGCAUCACCCGCUGUUCCGAUCACGCCUACGUCCUCGGCUACACCAACAUCUGCAUCCACGUUGCUUCAAGGGAGAUUAAAUACCGUUAUCUAACAACAUCGACAUUUCUUAACAUAAAAGUGCAGAAACUUUUUAUAUGCACGACACGCGCGCGUUAAGCGACGCAAUUACGAUAAAGAAUCUAUAUAAGUUAUUCGAUGCUUCUUUUCAUCGUCUAUCGCGAAUUGUUGUUCAGUAAAGAUCUUGCUACUUAUACUCGGGGCACUCGUUGUGUAACCGGUAUCUGAAUUUCAAUUUGUAAGAGCUCUAUUAUCUAGGUGUAUCGCGUAGCUUUUUCAUAUUCAAAUGUUUUCCCGAUUCCGACGUGCUGAAUCUUUGAAUCACUUUGCUUGAACUUCGCAAUUCCGUUUGAUCGAACGAUAAGAGAACAGAACGCCAAAAAUAUUCUAUCUAGUCGUUGAGUUGUCAACAUUAUAACUAGACUGUAAAUGCUUGUACUGACUAUACUAUUUUUUUUAAUUAUUUUUACGAUAUACAGGCUGGAGUCAAGUGCAUAAACUAGUUGGCAUAAUAAAAAUGAAAUAAAAGGUUUAUUAGUUUUUGUCGAGAAGCUUUAGUAUCUAUGAAAGCUUCAGUAUCGUUUCCAUACAGCAUAAAUACACGAAAUGUACAGUCUAGUUAUGGCUAUAGCCGCAGCUAUAGCUGUAGCAAUAUAUUAUCAACGUGGCUAUGAUGUUAAUUCAUUUUACUUUGGUUUUAAAAAUGAGUCGUAUUCAAAAAUAAUUCCAUUUACAACCGUAACGUUCAGGUUUCGUAUUGCAUGUACUUUUUGAUCACGAUCUUCAUUUUUUUUUUACGAGUUUAUGCUGCAUGCUAAGGGAAUGACCGGAGCGUAUCGUCCAACGUACAAGUAUAAUUUUAGAGGUAUAAUAAGCCUCAUCUGUACGAGACACAUUGUGCUGUACAAACGAAUUUUCUAAUGUUUCUUUCAUAUAUGUAUCACACAUGUGUAUAAAUUAUGUAUUUUUUAUUCUUAAUCAAUAUUAAAGUAUAGUACAAACAUCAAGUA